AUGUCCUCCUACUCUGUCACCCUCAAUCCCGACAACUCAUGGCCCGAGCCGCUGAGCGAGCUCCCGCUCAGGAUCCACCCCUCAAUGGCCGGCAAGCUCGACCCGGAGUACGUCAAGUUCUUUGAGGAAGAACUGUGCAACAGGCCAGACAUUCUGGAGACACACAAGUUUCCGCUCGAGAAAACCAAGGCGGGUGGAAACGUGAUCCCCGGACAGGCUCUGCCAAAAGAGAUGGCGCAAAUCUACGACAUCCAAAUCCCUAGAAAACACACCUCGGCCGAAAAACCGGUUCCGGCCAGGGUUUUCGUCCCCCAGGGCACUCCGCCCGCCGCAGGCUGGCCGUGCACCAUAUGGUACCACGGGGGCGGCUGGGUUCUUGGCGGCAUCGACACGGAAAACUCGUACUGCACACAUCUGGCCGACAACGCCCGGUGUCUCGUUAUCACGGUCGACUACCGACUGGCUCCCGAGUCCCCGUUCCCUGCGUGUGUCGAGGACGCGUUUGAGGCUCUAUUGUACGUCAUGGACACUAAAGACCUCCCUAUAGAUAACACGAAAGUCUGUGUUGCCGGAUCGUCUGCUGGCGGCAACCUGGCAGCCAUAAUGACUCACAAAUACGCCAGCUCUCGUCUGAGCAAAGAGUACCCGCCACUCAAGUUCCAGAUGCUGGUUGUCCCGGUGACGGACAACUCCGCAACGGGCGAGACACAGCCGUCGUGGAGAGAAAAUAAGUACACUCCGCAGCUGCCUGCUGCCAAAAUGCUGUGGUACCGUCAGUUAUAUCUGCCUCUUGCGGGAGACACGCUGACGACUCCCGAGUCGAGUCCGCUGUUCUACCCAGACGAGAGCUUCAAGAGCGUUCCGCCGGCGUUCAUUGCGGCCGCGGAGUGCGACGUGCUCCGGUCGGAGGCCGAGGCGUACAGCGAGAAGCUGGUCAAGAAUGGUGUUGAGAGCAGGAUUACCGUCUACAAAGGAGUGCCGCACACGGCCAUGGUGAUGAAUGCGCGGCUGAAACAGGGCGCAGACCUGGUGAGAGACACGACGGGGGCGGUCAGAAACGCUUUUUAUGGGGAAUGA